CUGACGGCGGCGCGGCUGGGGUACGGCAGUCCGGCGGAGUACAUGGCAGUGAUCAUGCGGCCCUUCGCCUGGUCUUGGUUCACAUUGUACGAGCUGGACAUGCUGCUGGCGGCGGCGCCCAUCCUAGUGGACGGAACCGCGGCGACCGACCCAGGGGUCACUGCCGACUGCACGAGUCCUUCCAUUCAUCACACGAGCGGCGGCGGUAGCGGCAACAGCAGCAGCGGAGGCGGCAGCGCGAGCUCGAGAGACCCACGGGUCGUUUUCCUGCGUCGGAACCAGGGCAGUGUGCUGUUGCCGCUGGUGAUAGGCGGCCUGCAGGAGCC